ACUUUUUAUCAUUUUCACUUAUUUCCCUGCAUGUACGACACGAAGAGCUUCGAAUUAAGCAAGUUGAACACUGUGUCAUAGUUUAGGGAUUAUUGAAGAAAAAUCGCCAGUAACUGAGAAAAAUCAAAAUGGAUGCCACGGAACAAGCCGUAAAGGACUUUAGGCACUUGCAGUCUAACUUGGACCAGUUCUUCCUGAUAAUUAUGGGAAUGAUAGUUCUCUUGAUGCAAUGUGGUUUUGCCUUUCUAGAAGCUGGUGCUGUACGCAGUAAAAACUCUACAAACAUUUUAAUUAAAAAUUUAAUGGAUCAAUUUGUCGCUGGAAUUGCUUACUGGCUUUUUGGAUUUCCAUUUGCUUUUGGAAAUGGCAACGAAUUUAUUGGUUACAGUUUUUGGGCAACAUACGAGCUCGAAGAAACCAGACUGGCGCUAUUUUUCUUCCAGUAUGUAUUUGCCGCCACAGCAGCUACUAUAGUCUCUGGUGCUAUGGCUGAAAGAUGUGAAUUUAUAGCUUAUAUCGUUUACAGUAUUUUGAUAACGGGUUUUAUUUAUCCUGUGGUAACACAUUGGGUUUGGUCUGACAAUGCCUGGUUAACUGCAGGAAUGGAUUAUACUUUCAACAACGAAACGGUCACCAUUGGUUACAAGGAUUUUGCUGGAAGUGGCGUUGUACAUGUGCUGGGUGGAAUAGCUGCUCUUGUUGGAGCGACACUACUUGGUCCCCGUAAAGGAAGAUUCCAUAAAGGCAGCAAGACAGUGGUACCCAUCAGAGGACAUUCUGUUCCUUUGGCUGCUCUGGGUGGUUUCAUCUUGUUGUUUGGUUUCUUGGCGUUUAACGGUGGAUCCCAGUUAACUAUUUCUAACGCUGGGGAUGGUGAAGCGAUCAGUUUAUCGGUUGUUAAUACCAUUAUAUCUGGUUCCAUGUCGGCCUUGGUCUCUCUGAUCAUUAACAGACUUACCGGAACCAGUAAAUGGAGUUUAUUGACCACGUUGAACGGUGCUUUGACUGGAAUGGUUGCUAUCUGUGCUGGAUGUAAUGUUUACCAUCCUUGGGCAGCUUGUGUUGUUGGAUUUUUUGCUGCGAUCUCCUACAAACUAAUCAACACGAUAGUCACUAGUUUAUAUAUUGAUGAUCCACUUGAUGCCGUAGCUGUCCAUUUUGGAGGUGGUAUGUGGGGUGUUAUUGCUGUAGCCUUCCUUCAUCGAACAGAUGGAAUUGUAUAUAAUUGGAACCAGGCUUCCGGAAUGGCAUUAGCAUGGCAGCUGUGUGGUUUGGUUACUAUAGCAGUCUGGACAGCCGUUACUUCUCUACUCAUGUUCGGUAUUUUAAAACUUACCGGACUUCUACGAGUAGCACCAGAAUUGGAAGCUAAAGGUCUAGAUAUACCUAAACACGGAGAACCAGCUUAUCCAACAGAAGCUUAUGGCCAUGGAUGGGAGGAGAAACUUGCUAAGAUUUUAGAACACGUGGAAUUGAAAGAUGCUGCUAAGAACAUGUCUUCAUUAGGUGAUGGAUUUGCUAAAGCCUUCCUUGGAGCGCCAGUGAAACAAACCGAUGUCGGGCCAUAUGAAAACCCGGAAGUAAAUUACAUGGAAACACACAGUACCAGCAACUCCAUUGACGCUGAAUCAGGAAAAGGAAACGGAAACGUAAAUGGUACAACCGGUGUUCCACACGUAACUUCAAUAGAUGUUAAAUCAACUAAAAUGUAAAUAAAAGACACGAAGUCAACUAACAACAUGUAAAUAAAAGACACUAAAUCAACUAAAAUGUAAACAAAAAACGCGCAUCGUUCACAACACUAACCCAUUAAAAAAUCAAAUCUCAUUCUAUCUGUAAAAUGCAUUGAAGGGCGUAUGGAUCUAUUUUUUUUUAACCUUGAAUCCAUUGUGUUCUGUGAAAAACGUGAAAGUUCAGGUGCAUUCUACACGUUUUUAAAAUUAUUAUUUUGUCGUUUGUGAAUCAGCCAUUACUAAUUACUUUCACAUUGUGUUGUAGGGUAUGUUUUCAUUUAUUCAUUACAAAAUGACACUCGAAACCAUAGGGUACACGACUCGUGUACGGAUUAUAAAAUGUUAAUUGUUUCUUAACUAUUGGAUAUUGGGAUCCUCUAGUUUCACGACAACAUAAUAACAUGAAUAUUGAUUGAAAUUGAUCAAUAUUGAAUUGUAAUUCUUGUUUUUAAUUUCGAAUAUUAUGGAAAAUAUUGAUUUAGAGACUUAGCUCCUUUAACCUCUCACAAGCACAGUGGUGACGGAAUGCGCUAAUGCCGCUUGUAACUUUCAAUUUAUUGUUUAUUGAAAGAAUAAAUAUGUUUUAUUAUCGCUGUUUUAAACAGUUCAAAUUAAACAGCAGUCGUUUACGUCUGCUUAGUGCAUUCUACACGUAAAUAAAAGACACUAAAUCAACUAAAAUGUAAACAAAAAACGCGCAUCGUUCACAACACUAACCCAUUAAAAAAUCAAAUCUCAUUCUAUCUGUAAAAUGCAUUGAAGGGCGUAUGGAUCUAUUUUUUUUAACCUUGAAUCCAUUGUGUUCUGUGAAAAACGUGAAAGUUCAGGUGCAUUCUACACGUUUUUAAAAUUAUUGUUUUGUCGUUUGUCAAUCAACCAUUACUAAUACUUCAACAUUGUGUUGUAGUGUAUGUUUCCAUUUGUUCAUUAGAAAAUGGCACCCGAAACCAUAGGGUACACGACUCGUGUACUGAUUGUAAAAUGUUAAUUGUUUCUUAAAUAUUGGAUAUUAGGAUCCUAUAGUUUCACGACAAGAUUUUAACAUGAAUGUUGAUUGAAAUUGAUCAAUAUUGAAUUGUAAUUCGUGUUUUUAAAUUUGAAUAUUAUGGAAAAUAUUGAGUUAGAGACUUAGCUCCUUUAACCACUCACAAGCACAUUGGCUACGGAAUGCGCUCCUGUCUCUUGUAACUUUCAAUUUAUUGUUUAUUGAAAGAAUAUGUUUUAUUAUCUCUGUUUUAAACAGUUCAAAGUAAAUAGCAUUCUACACGUUUUUAAAAUUAUUAUUUUAUCGUUUGCGAAUCAGCCAUUGCUUAUUACUAUUUAUUUAUAAUAUAAGAAGAGUAUGUAUAUUUCUCUCUUUAUCUAUAUUUUAUCUUAUUGUAUAUAACCACCAUCAUCAUUAUGCUUGAAAUAAAUUUCAUUUAUUUUUGUACAAA